CUAGCCUUUCUAGCUUUUCUUACCGCGUACCUUCCUCCCUCCCUCUCUCCCUCCCCAGUAGUUAAACUGCAGUGAUCAAUAAAUUGCUUUGAUAGAAGUUCAUCAGCCACCUGGACAAUACGGAGAACCAUAUCUCCAUGGCGUUGUGAAAAUAAACAGCCUUCCAUCUACCUCUCACACAACUUCAUCCACCACACGUCUUGGCAUCAGCACAUUCAUCUUUUUUUCUUCUUCUUAUCAAGGGAGAGAAACAGACCCAAAGCAUAGAGAAAGAGAACAACAAUCCAGCAGGAACGAAGGUCCUUCUUCAAGGUUUCAGCAAGGGAAGGGAAAGGGAAAAAAAAAACAUCCACACAAGAGGGGAAAAAAUAAAUACGCAAACCAAACGAAAUUCAACCGCAUUCGUUCAAGCCAUUCUCCUCCGUCAGCGCAAUCAAAAACGGCGUCGGAAACUUUCCAUUUCAUCUAUUUAAUUUUUAAUCCUUGGAUUUUCCUUCAUUCUUGUCAACAGCCUCUCUCAGUGUCUCUCUCUCCCAUUUUCUGUUUCUGUCUAACUCUCUGUUCUAUCUCUCUCCGUCUACCUCACUCUUCCUUCGACGGUUCGACCGGUGCUUUCUCCAUCAGAGACAGAUAGACUCUCGCAGUACAUAUAUCCAUUGUGCGUGCCUCUCUCGUUUUUUAAUGCUCCAUGAUCCACAUAGAUCACAAACAACGCCAACGCCUUUUCUGCUACGCCCUGUUUUCUGUUUGAUUCCUCGCAAAUUCGAAGAAAAAGUUCAAACCCCAUCUGGAUUCGGAUUCCUGAACAAUCCACAUCUGCAUCCACCAUAAUCAAUAAAAUCCACACUCUUUUCUUCCUGCGGUUUUAGCAGACAGGUCCAAUUAUAUUCACGGUCGUGAAUGCCACCACCCAAUCCAGGUCCAUCGAAAAAGACUCGUCCCGCAACCUAAAGAAAGACAAAGGGUCUCUUCAGGCCUUCACGCUCGUUUUACCAACAAUACUAGGACGAUCAGGACUAGAAGUUCCUCACAUCCCUACCCAGGCCGCCUCAGUUUUUGGCACCAAGACAGGGGAAAUACAAUAAUACAGCUGCAAAAAGCAAAUCCAAUUUUACGAUUAGUUUUGGCUACCCAGUUUGACUCGGUACAUCAAAUUGAACGAGGGACGGCAGAGUGAGCUGCUUAAUCUCAAACUUGGUCAAAUACUAGACCAGCAUUGGCCAAGACUCAAGAUGGCACCCACUCCUCCCCGAUUAAGAAUUCUAUCAGUUGGUGGAAAUGCUGUCUCUGCUUUCCUGUCAUGGAGGCUUCAAGCUACCAACGCUUGCGAUGUGACAUUGGUGUGGAAAUCUGGGUUUGACGCUGUACACCAAUACGGGAUAUCGUUCAAAUCUACAUCUUUUGGCAACGAACGAUUUAAACCACGACAUGUCGUCCGCACUCCGGAAGAAGCUGCAAGUAACAAAGAGGGCCCCUUCGAUUACGUCCUGCUUUGCGUAAAAGCCCUACCAGAUGUAUACGAUCUCGCGGCAGUGAUCGAGUCGGUCGUCACACCACAACAUACAUGUAUAUUAGUCAACACCACAAACACACUCGGUGUCGAGGCCCAUCUAGAAUCAAGGUUUCCAAGCAAUGUCGUGUUAUCACUCGUCUCGGGUGCUGAAAUAGCGCAGUUGGGAGCAAGCGAAUUUGAACACAAAGGUUCUACCGAGAUAUGGGUUGGACCGGCGACAAAGAACCCUUCGAUGCCUAGCACUAUACAAGGUGAUAUGGCUGAGGCAUUGGCGAUGACUUUGAGUGGUGGGCAAGUUGAGUGUCAUGUUUCCCCAAACAUAAUGCAACAGCAGUUUGAGAGGAUGAUUGGACCCAUAGCAUUUCAUCCACUGAGUGUAAUCUUCGAAACACCAUCGCACGCUGCGUUACUGGAGAAAGUUGGCGUAAAGUCAAUGAUAUCUGAAUUAUUUGACGAAUUGGUCAACCUUGCCCAAGCACAACAUUGUGAAUUUCCCGCAAACUUCAAAGAAAAGAUCAUGGAGGAUAUGACAAAGCCUUCCGAGACCAAUAGCAUCAUGUACCAGGACUAUGCCGCCAAGCGACCGAUGGAGGUUGAGACUUAUCUUGGGUCCCCUAUAAAACUUGCUCAGCUAGUUGGCGUUCAGGUGCCUCGCAUAGAGACUCUUUAUCCGAUCCUCCACAACCUCAACAUUGUCAAUCAGCAAAGGAAAGAGACAAACCUCGCACCAAUACCGUCUCCUAUGGCUCCUCCUAUGAGAAUGUCAUCUGCACCUCCUCCUAGACCUAUGAUGAAUGGAGGACCACCCGGGAGAGGUAGAGGGCGUGGAUCGUCUAUGGGUCCUCCACCAGGUAUGCGGCGCGGACCAGGUGGCCCACCAAACGGUUUUGGCCGGCCUCCACCAAACGGAGCUCCCCAAUCGCGAAACCAGUCGAGGCGGGGGUCUUUAGAAGGUAAUGAUCUCGAAGAGUUUAGUCACUUGGUUUUGUAUGAUGAUAUUCCCGAAGGUGGAGAAGCACCCUAUCCUGCUGCAGCUGGCGGCGGUGGCGGCGGUGGUGGUGGUGAGAUUGCCCUGAGAGAGCGAGAAUUAAUGCUCAGACAACGUGAACUUGCUCUUCGGGAGCAAGAGAUGCGCAUGCGUCAAGGUGCUGGUGCCCCUCCUAAAUCUCGUCGAGGCCCAUCUACACCUUCAGUGCGAAACGGGGGCGGCUUCGACGACGAUGAUGACGACGAUGACUACUAUGUUGAUCCUGCAGAUGCUCCACCUGUUCCACUGAUCGAUCCCGACAACUUUGAUAUGAUGAGCGUUACAUCACGUCGAAACCGUGCAAAGCCGGGGCCUACCAAACAACAAAUGCGUGCUAAUCCAGAAUUCGAUAGCGGCCCUCCUCCUCCCCGUCGAGGCGGUGGAUUUAUGCGUGGCAAUAUCCCUCGAAAUCGAUCUAGCGCCAGAAUAAUAAGUCAAGUUCCCGGUUUACACGACAAUUUAAUGGAUGAUCCCUUGAUGGGGUAUUCAUCUGAUCGGUAUGGUACUGUGGAUAGACGAGCAAUGGGUAUGGAUUCGAGGGCGAGUUCUUUGACAGCCGCUCGGCUAGACGAGUUACAGUACGGGUCAUCCGGUCCACCAAUUCAUGGGCAAGGUGGUCCAUAUCCAACUGCGAGAAGAGCAAGUCAAUCACCAGGAAAUCCGUAUAGUCCACAAGCACAGAGAGCAAAUGGAAGACCUUCGCCACCGAAUGGGUAUAUGGCGGGGUCUAUGAAUGGCAGACCGUCGCCUCCAGGGGGUAUGAGACAGCCUGCACCUCGGCACCCGCCGGGACAGGGGAACAUGGUUGCACCGCAACAGGUUGAGCAAUAUGCUGGGGUGAGCGCCCUCCAUCCACCAAAAGGUCCUAUGAAUGUGCGAAGUCUGACCGGCAGUGCUAGCGCUAGCGCAGGUAGUGGUGACAGCGGCGCAAGCGCCAACCUCGACUCAGAGCCAUCUGCAAACAGCAGUCAAAGUAGUCUCGGGCCGCGUCCCCCCAUGGGGGUGAGGUAGGUUCAAAGACACAGCUAAACGUUUCUCGAUGUUUGUCACAUUCGUCUCUUGGUGAUAAUGGUACGCAUUCGAUUUACUUUAUUCGGCGACGAAUUUUCUCUGAUCGAUGGCCUUUGCCUCCUUCAUCUGCAUAUACACCUUAUCCUUUUCUUCGAACUUCGCUUUAAUGGCUUCGACCACUUCCAUACGUCUUGAAAAUUCGGGGACGCCUCUCCCGUGGGGGAAAUAAUGAUGAAAUACACAAUUAGAUUUUGGUGGGGUUUGAAUGAGGAAGCAUUGUCGUUUUUUUUACGUCUUCCAGUUGAGGAGGGACGGGUACAUACACAUGUGCAUGGCGAGAUGCAUCGCGCACAAGUUUUGUUUUUAUUUUCUGGUAAUAUUGCAUUUGGGGUGGCGUCUUGAUGUCUGCAUAUAAUUUCUAUACUCCAUUUUUCCACAGUUGCUCUGGGACAGCUCAUGCGAGUGAGUGACUGAACAGUAUUUUAUCUCGUCUAUCCUUCUUCAUAAGUGGACUUUUUAUUGGUGGGAGCAACGGAUGGGGAUCUUUGGUAUAUGUCAGACAGAGGAUUUUCCUUUCUUGUUUCACUACUUCACUUACCGGCUAGCUGUGGUGGGAGGAACUCUACUUGGCGCCAUGUGUCAGACAAAUUCUAAAAUGGUGAAAUUGACGAGGAAGUAGGAAAAGUUCGAAUCUCACCGGCAAGGUUGAGAUGGAAUGGAGAAUGGGAAGCAGAGAUGAUGGUUAUGGGAUAUCUAUUUUCUUGGUUGAUUGCUAGACCGAAGGGCUGGGAUGGAAUAGGAUGGGUUUGACGGUGUUGUAUAGACAAAUGGAUGUACGGGCGGAUAGGUAGGCUUGGGUGGAUUUUCAUCAUGGUGUGUUGAUGGCCUGAGGGGAUAAGAGGCGCGCUAUUGGGAAGGAAUGAAGUUACAGUCUAGAUAGGGAGGGAAGGUGGAUGAUGAAAAAUGGGCAUGAGUGGUCUGGAAGAGCAGAGUCAGUGUGUAGGCAGUCAAUCAUUUCUGAGAAGUAAAUACGAGAGAUAAUUUGGAAAUUUUGUUAG